AGCCCCCAACAGCCAAACAACGUGCGUCUCAUAUCCACCCACUUGGACCUCUCAGCCUAAUAGCACGUUCCAACCGUGUUGAAUCUUCCGAUGAGAAGUCAGCGUCGCCUCUAACCGUCCAAGGGACUCUUCUCUUUUUCUCAGCCUCUCUUCUCAUUUCUUUCGUUAAUUCGACCAAUUUGGCUCCCACCUCCCGACCUUAACAAGACUCUUCGUUUGCGGUAUUGCCAGGAUUCGAGAAAUGACUAGACACUUUUUUCUCAUACUUAUUCAAAUAUUACCACGUGAUUCGUAACUUUUACUGUGUGUAAAUUCACAGACCAGUUAUUUGGAUUCUUUAGGAGGAUAUUUUAGAAAUUAAGGAGGAAAACAGAUCCUUCAGAAAAAAGGUAGGGGUGGGGGUGGGCUGCAUUAACAAAGUGGUUUUCAGUGACUUCGAUACGAAGCCAUCUUCCGUCAUUUUUCUCUCCCACUUCUCAGUUUCGACUCUUCCUGAUUGGUUGAGCUUUGCGUCUGCCGUCUACCCAAUUAAUAUGCUCCGAGCUCAUUUAUGCCUGCCUACAGUCUCCGGUGCUGGACUUGUCGCGCAGCAAUUCGACGGCAGCCGUUUGGUCUCCAAUUCGCUGGUUUCAUUCUCCUCGCGGUUCUCAUUCCAAUUAGGUUUCAGAGGCAGACACAGUCGCGGAUCCAAAUCCGUCAUCAUUUCUUGUAGAGCUUCUCGCGGAAGCUCCGGUGACAGAUCGGCCAAUGGCGAAGAUCGCGAUCAAGAUUAUCUCGAAGCCUUCGUUCUCAUUUCAGAAACUAUCAGCCACCACCAGAUGCGUAAACAAGGAUUUCUGGAAGGGAAUAAAUGGCAAUCUUGGGGCCAACUGCAUCCUUUUUCUGCUCAAACAAAGGAUUUAAGAGCUGAUGUCAGUUCAAUUGGACAAGGAUUUCUUCGUCGUUUUCAGAGUCCCACAAUUUUUCUUAAGCUUUCUUGUGAUGGAGACUUCUUACUACCAAUUAUUGUAGGGGAGUUUUCUGUUGAAAAACUUAUUGAUACCUUACGGGAGGAUGCAAUUGUGGAUUGCCCUAAUCAGUUUCAGUUUGUGAGAGAUCUUGUGGGGAAACUUGGCUACAAAGUAAACAUGGUGAAGAUCACAGAAAGAAUCGUUAAUACUUACUUUGCCAGAAUAUAUUUUAGUAAGCCAGGGGAGAAUAAUAUUCAAAGUGUUGAUGCACGUCCUUCAGAUGCCAUAAAUGUAGCAAAACUAUGCAAGGUGCCAAUAUAUGUAAAUAAACAGAUUAUCUUGACAGAUGCCAUUAGAAUUGUUUAUGGGAUGGGAAGAGCUCGUGAUACAAAAUCUGUUUAUGAUGUUGUCUUAGACAGUGCUGCUGACGGUCCAGAUUUACUUGCUGAGGAACUUGAUCUGGUGAGGAAUAUGAGUUUAGCUAUUAAGGAGGAAAGGUACAAUGAUGCAGCUUUGUGGAGAGACAAACUCAUGAAGCUGCGGGAGUCAAGACAUGAGCUAUAGCUGAUGGUGUGUACCCUUUGUAUGCUUAUCUAUCGCCAUUUAGAGCUUGAUUCUCUUCUUUGAAUAGCAUUUUCAUCAAGCUUGGGAAAAGGUUUAUGGGGUUGGUUUCUGGUUUGGUGUUAGUGGCUGGAUGCCAUUUCAUAUUUGGUUGAACAGUGUCACCGAUUUAUCAUUGAUGACAGGAUCGGUGUUCGUCGGGGAAGAAAGCAUGGAGUCUUUUCAUAUACAGCAUUUCUGUAGGACUAUUUAAGUGAGAGGGGAACACACCAUAGUAUCCGAUGCUUGAGAAAUGACUGAGUACCCCCAGCAAUUCGUGGGAAAGGGCUAAUGACAGAAGAAACUUCCCAAAUAAUGAUAUGUACAGCUUUUUAACUUUCCACCAAAUGUUGGCCCAUGAAUGUAAAUGCAAAAUAAUGUAUUCAAUUAUAUCAACCUAAUAUCAAUCAGAACAGAUAAGUUCCCAAUGCUUGUACCUAGCCCUUGGUAGGUUAGUAUAGCAAGAAACAGAUGCAUCAUCUCUCCUUGCUAAUGUCAAACACCUCCCGUUGAAUAGCAGUGGAAGAGUAUUUCUAUUGGUUGCA